CUUCUCCAGCUUUUUCCUAUCUCUAUCCUUUUCCUUUGUGUAUAAGGUCAGCAAGCCAUAGCUCCUACGGCAGCUACUUUAUAAAGACCAAACCCUCCCUCUUCAAGAACCCCUCACCUUCUCCAUUUCCAUCAACAUUUAUGUUGGUUGUUGAAUCCGAUCAGAUAUCAUGAGCAAUAUUCCGAGAUCGUUAACCGACUCCGCCCUAACCUUGUUCAAUCUCGCCAUCUCCGCUUCCGAUCCGUGGCCAUUUUCUUUCCUCUUCUUAUAGUCCUAAUUCAACAGCUUCAAGUUUUCCCAGUGUUUUCUUGCUCUCUAGGGUUUCCUGGUUUUUCAGGUUUUUCGAGUUUUUGAUAUUCUUGGAUUCGAAAAGAUGGGGUUUAUCGCCGCCGACAGGGACAGCAAGCACCACCACAACCACCUGAACUUCCACCUCCACCUCCAUUUCCCCCACCUUCUCCAUCACCACCACGACAAGAACAGCAAGGAGCUGAAAGACAUCCCGAAAGGGUGUAUGGCGGUGAUGGUUGGCCAGGGGGAGAAUCAGCAGAGGUUUGUGAUUCCAGUGAUCUACAUCAACCACCCUCUCUUCAUGCAGCUGCUGGAGGAGGCCGAGAAAGAGUACGGAUUCGAUCACAAAGGUCCGAUCACUAUUCCUUGCCACGUGGAGGAGUUUCGCACCGUUCAAGGCAUGGUGGACAGGGAGACUUCAUUCCACGGUCAUCAUCACCAUCACAACCACCACCAUCAGCACCAUGCCUGGUGUUUUAGGGUUUGAUUAAAUGUUGAUUAGGAAGAUUAUUAUGUGAGGCCUUGGAUUCUUUGGGACCUCGUAAUAUUAUUAAACAGUUAAAUAUAAUUUUUGUUCUUGAUGAUGUGUUAUGGAUUAUUGAUAAAGAUGAA